GUGCUGGUGCGCCGCGCUGCACGGCGGCGCUUCGAGCGCUGGCCGCGCCUCGACGAGAGAGACACGCACCAGGUGCUCCUCGGGGACUGCCCGCAGCGCUUCUGCACCGGCGGGCCCGACGUGGCAGGAGACCCGGGCGACAACGUCUUCGUCGUCAGCCUGCCGCGGCGGCCGUCGAAGCUGCGGCACGCGCUGCACGAGCU